GCGAGGAUUUAUUGUACAGCUCUCUGUCUCCCUAUCUGCUCCUCCUCAUUAAUGCUCUCUUGCCUUGCAGCGGGAUCGCAAGGACCGGUGGUGGUGGCUUCGCAUGCAAUAAAGCGAGCUUGUUUUGUUUGAUGGAACAUUUUGGGUGGUGGGUUUAGUAGAUUGGUGUUGUGGUUUUGUUUAAGUUGGUGUGAUCAAACUGAUUUCGUCGUCAUAUCUUCGGAAAAAAGAAUUCCACAGAUGGAGGUGGCCGACUUCACUAAGAUCGUGAUCCACAGAAUCCAAAAGCUUGAACCCGAGAAUGCUAUGAAGCUCAUUGGCUACCUUCUCUUGAAGUACACAGAUCAAGAAAUCAUGGAAUUUGCUUUUGGGCCUGACCAUCAGAUCCUUUCUCUGAUAAGUGAAGCCAAAGCAUAUCUUAAUUUGUCUCACAAGUCUAGCAUUUCUAGUCCUAUGCAGUCCCUCCUUGAUCAGCAGCUCCACCAUAUGUCAUCUUCUUCCCCGACCAUUCCACUUCCUUUCCCUUCGCCGUCCAACUUUCGCGGCCCUGCUCCACCGCUGGACCCUCAUCUACCAUCUGAUCAGAUGCCAAUUUCUCAUAAUUUAGGACUCCCACCUUCUUCAUAUGCUGAUCUGAUCGGAGGGCUUUAUGACCAAGCUGAACUCCUGAGCUUGAAGAGCCAGUUGCAUCAUUUCCAUAACAGCUACUUCCCCGAGGCUACGUUGGCUAGAGAUUUGGGUUCGAGGACCAACAUGAGGUUGCGCCCUGGGUGGUUGGAAUCUCUGCCCAGAGCUUGCCAUUACUAUUACAAGGGCUACUGUAAGAAUGGCUUCAACUGUCGGUUCUUCCAUGGUCAGGCCAUCCCCGAUGGUUUCUCUGCUAUACAUAAUCCAAAUAUGAAUGAGUCUGGUAAUGAUGAUCAUGUUUUUGCACCCGAGUCUCUUCGAAAGUUAGAAUUUGAGAUCGCAGAGCUCUUGAAAUCAAAGCAAGGGAUGCCUGUUUCUAUAGCCUCUUUGCCGACCAUGUAUCUUGAGAAGUAUGGUAAAAUGCUUCAGGCUGAUGGAUACCUAACAGAGAGCCAGCGUCACGGGAAGGGUGGCCUCAGCUUGACAAGGUUGCUCAGCCGAUUGAAUAACAGUAUUCGGAUUAUUGACAGACCGCAUGGGCAGCAUUCGGUUGUCCUUGCAGAAGAUGCUCCCAAGUAUAUGGAGUACUGGAGUGAGAGAAAUGAUCACGGAGCAGUAAUCGCUAGCUCCCAUCAGAUAUAUCUUACUUUCCCAGCUGAAAGCACAUUUACCGAGGAAGAUGUUUUUAAUUAUUUCAAUCAGUACGGUCCUGUGCAUGAUGUGAGGAUUCCACGGCAAGAGAAGCGUAUGUUUGGGUUCGUGAGUUUCCUCUAUCCAGAGACUGUGAAAAUAAUUUUGGCAAAAGGACAUCCCCAUUAUAUCUGUGGUGCACGGGUUCUGGUUAAGCCAUAUAAGGAAAAAUCAAAAUUCGCAGACAAAAAGUAUGCCGAGAAAAUGGGACCUCCUGUUUAUUUCCCUUCCCAAUGUUCUGCAACGGACCAGAACCCUGAUACAAUGCUCGGUAUAUCUGAAAGUGAUGGAUGUUUUCAAAGGCAGCUGUCUGGAGAUUAUGACCUUGCUAUUGAACUUGAAAGAAGACGCCUGUUUGAUCUGCAGCUCACCGCCAAGCAACCGAAACCACAAUCAUAUUUCAACUAUGGAAUGGAAGAAUUAAAAGUUCUCGAUGUUGCAGAUGAUCUCGACCAUCAUUCGACCAUUCCAAAGAGUGGCUUCGCGACUGACCACGUAGCGAGGCAGACAUGUGACAAUUACAACAACAGAAAUAGUGACCACAUAGAACUUCCAGAUAGUCCAUUUGCUUCUCAUCUUGGAAGCGGCGUUUCCUCAAUCAUAUAGAGACUGACAACGACGAUACGUAAAUUUAGAUCACACGCCCAGAGCUGCUUUUACAUCUUUUUUUAUCUUCUCAAGCAUCGUCAUCCGGAGGAAGCUCUUUACCGAUCAGCAUCAAAGGCAGAAGCUUCCACCAGAGGAAGAUAACACAUGUGAUAGAAAGAAAAGCUACAUUAAAUAGGAAUCAAAUCAUCAAAAGACAAGCAUAUAUGAUGUGAUGCUCAGUAAUAGAUAACUGUAAGACGCUUAGUUAGUGCUCAUACAAUGUUGUUGACAUUUUACAUACUAAAAUAGUUUGACCAAAAGUAUGCUUUCUCUACAUACAAAAGUCAAGUUGGAUGGUCAUUUGAUCUGUAGAUACAAAGUUCUUUUUAGUUCCCAAGUUCUCAUUUGCGAU